AUGUCAGUCGAGGCCGAUGGAUUUAACGCUUCUGCUCUUUUCAAGGAGUUGGAACAAGGUUUGAACGACAAGGAUGCUGUUGCCAAAGCUAUCAAGGCAGUCAAUGCCAUCAUCAUCAUCACCUUGAAGAACAAGGAAGGUAAAGAACAAUCAUGGGUCUUGGACAUGAAGAAGGAAGGUUCAAUCAAGAAGGUUGACGGCGCUCCACCAAAGGGUGACGUUCAAUUGUUGUUGAAGGAUGCUGACUUUGUCAAGUUGGCCAACGGUAAAGCCAACGGUCAAAAAUUGUUCAUGAAUGGUAAAUUGAAGGUUAAGGGUAACAUGAUGAAGGCCACCUCUGUCGAAUCAGUCUUUAAACAAUUGGACCCAAGAGCAAAGGCUAAGUUGUAA